UUCUGACAUAAACACAAAAAAAAAAUCGUGAAAUCGGUCCAGCUUUUUAUGAGUGAUGGCGUGACUAAGAGAUAUAUGGAUUCAUUUUAAUAUACCUAUACGAAGUCACAGAGUAGCAAAAUAAAUCAAUUAUUCGCUAGUCUUUCAGCGACGACGUCAUUAUUUCGUGCCAUUUUGUAUGGGGUGUUUUACAUUAUGUAAAUACAAUAUUCACCAGUGAUAAUUGCUAUGUUAUAAGUUUCAGGCAAAUUUGCAAAACAGCUGAUAUUGUUGUCCUUCAUAUUUCUAUCGAAAUUCAAUAUUACGAAUUAAAAAAAAUUAAAUAGAUCACCACUAUAAAUUAUUUAAAACUAGCAGACGCCCGCGACUUCGUCCGCGUGAAAAUCAAUGUUAACUUUCAGCCCUACUUCACCUUUACUUUAAGAGUUGAAUUUUAAAAAUUCUUGAAACACAUUAGAUUUCGUGUUUUUUUAUGAUUUCUGAACAAAUUUUUAAAACUCUAAAACUUUUAACCCCUAUUUCACCCCCUUUUUAUUUUAGGGUCCAAAAGUAGCCUAUAAUUACCUCCAAAGUCUCAUUUAUCAUUAUACCAAAGUUCAUCUUGAUCGGUUCAGCCGUUUAGCCGUGAAAAGGUAACAGACAGACUUACUUUCGCAUUUAUAAUAUUAGUAUAGUUAAUGAAAACAAUAACAUUAAAGUUUGCUUGCUAUCGCGAGUUACCGCCAUCUGCAUGAAAAGGCUCGAACUACUACGUGUGGUGAGAGGUGGCGAUGCACGAUGCAUCAGGGCAAGUAUCUAAAACAGCGCCAUCUAUUAUUAUUAAUUAAGCACAGAUAAUGUCAUUUCCUAGAUUUUUAAAAAUACCUACAGGAAAUCGGGACCCGUGUAAUAGUAAAGGUUUAAAAAUAAAUCGGUUAUUUUAAAAUACAAAACUACUUUGCGAGUAAUUGAACUUGUGCAUAGCUAACAGUUAGGUAUUUAAAUAGCAAGCGGAAUUCCGCGGACUAUAUCUAUAGGCAAUUAUUGUGCGCUCUGUGAAAUUGUCGCUCGACCGCAAAGUGCAGACGGGGGUCCGAUGCCCUCGGAUUAGAGAUCGUUACCGGCCGUAAUGACCCCCGGCUGCGGUUCCGGCCGACGACUCGCCGCGCGCUCGGCCGAGUGGCCCGAUGAGCGUGUAGCUCGCUCGGUGCGUCCUCUGCGUGUUUCACUAACAUGAGCCCCACAUGAGCCCGAAGCGGCGAGCACCCGCUCCGAGCCGGCGACGAGCCGGGCGGGCCAGCUCCCGCUCGCCCGGGCCGCUCGCCCCGGGCAGCGCCGCGGCGCACAGAUAUGGAUUUAAGAUUAACGAGGGCACGCAGGCGGCGGCGCGCGCGGGGCGGGCGGGUGUUUACGUGCGGCGGGUGCAGGGCGUGCAGGCGGCGGCCGAUCGAUGCUGGGCGGGGCGCGGCGCGCGCGGGGGGCGCGGGGGCGGGGCGAGCGCGGCCGCCAGUCCGCCUCGGGGCCGCGUUCGCGUGGUCGUCGCCCGAGAGUGUCGUGCGGCGGCCGGAGUGUCUCCGCGAGCGCUCGGCGGCGGCGGCGAGCCUCGCGCCGCCCGCCUCGAUGCCGCGCGCGGCCGCAGCGCACCCCCGCCCCGCGCCCCCUCCGCCCGCGCCCGGCGCCGCGCGCGCAGCGCCGCGCCCGCGCCGCCCGAGCCCCCGCGCCCGCGCCUGCGGCCCGUGUUCCUGUGGGCGCGCCAGCUCGACGGCACCGUGCAGGAGGUCCGCUGCGAGGACUACGACGCGCGCAACCGCCUGCGCCUAGCGCGCACCGCCAGCGGCUGGCGCGUCAUCCCGCGCACCGAGAUCUACAACGCGAUCCGCGUGCCCCCGCCGCCCGCGCGCGCCCCCCGCGAGCGUCGCCGGCGCCGCCGCUGCGCCCGCUCGCGCCGCCGCGCGCGCGCGCCCGAGCCCGCGCUGUGGCAGCCCGACCUGGAGUCGCACAUCCCGUCGCACACGAUCGCCGUGCCGCGCGCGCCGCCCGAGCCCACACCGCUCGACAACCUGCUGGCCGUGGCCGAGCUGGAGUUCAACCAGCAGCUGGACGGCGCGGCCUACUCGUUCCUGCCGGCCGAGCAGGUCGCGCGCGACGUCAUGUCGUUCGAGCUGGGCGAGCCCGAGCCGUCCGACGAGCUGGGCGCGCACAAGGAUCUCUUCGAGACGAUCAGCGAGGCGCACUACCUGCCGGAGCUCGGCGGGCCCCACGACGAGGAGUUGCUCGAGUCCCUGGUGGAGAAAGGUUGUGAAGAUAAUCAGAUCCUGGUAGACCAGGCUCUGGACAAGCUGUCGCACCUCGUGCACGGAACCGGCGAGUACGGCGUCGAGGACGACAUGCUCCUGAGCGACGCCCCCGUUUCGGAAAUCAUGAACCGACUGGAGCAGACUCUCGAAUCACCCGGACAGAGCAGCAUCACCGCGGCGCAGGGCCUGCUGCACCUGCACCACAUAGGAGACCACCUGUCGCAGGCGAGCCACGCGCAAGUCGAGCAGUCGUACAUGUCCGAGGAAGUGUUCGCGCCGGAAGACGCGUCCCAGUGUCCGAUGGAAUCGUUGACUGCUGCAGCUAAUGAGUUGCAGGAUAUGAAUGACUUGGAUCAAAUGGAAUACGACGCCGAGAGCGCUGAGAAAACGCUAGAUCCUGACAUUGACAACGUGCACGGCAUGUGCACGGAACGCGUACCUGACUCUCUGGACGCUGAUUCUGAAAAUAAAACUUAUCACGAGCUUGAGCCGGAAGCGUUGCCCGAUCAAAGUGAAGCUGAUACACCCAUCCAAACCUCUGACGAUGUCACCAGCGGUGAGUGUUUACAAACUUGUGAAGAACUAUGUACAAAAGCAGACGACGAACAAAACAUAGAAGAAACCAACGAGGAGGAAGUUGAAAAAACUACCGACGAGCCGGCCGAUGACAACAACGGCGAUAUAGAUCAUCGCGAAGAGCCGGUGAACGAAGAUUUGGUACCCACAGAUUUGAGUAUAAAGAACGUUGACAAAUCUGUCACACCUCUGAUAGCUCCGUGCGAUACCGACACUCCUCACUUCGAAGACAACAUGUCGAUAAAGAGUGAGGAGCAGCCGAGGGACCUGACCGUGCACAGGCGGUUGCCCACACCGCAGGCGUCACCGCGAAGGACAGAAGUUCCCCGCGCACCAUCGAGGGAGUCGGACGCGAUGCAAUCGCCCCAGCCCAGCGGCAUUCCAGCCGUACCGAGCUCACCGGAAAUCUUCACUAUGCCUCUGACUAAAAGCAAACAAACAUUAUUCUUGGAGACGCUGCUCUCGUCACCCUCUCCCAAGAUGUAUACCUCGGAAGUGACGAUAACGAAACAGCAAUGCGAGCCCCUCAAUCUCGGUAAACAUCGAAAAUCGGCCAGUCCGACGGUCUCCAGUUGCUCGGACGAAAUGAAGAAAUUGAACAAGGAAUUCGGAGAGCCCCAGGAAAAAAAAAUGAAGCAUGAAUCUUCGGAAGAGUUGGCGAAAGUUAGCAAAGUAUUCAAAACAGAAGAACAAGUCAAAAAACCUGAUAUGAAAAUGGCCAAAACGCCCUCAGACGAUGCGAGUCCACUUAAACAAUUAUUAGUUUUGAAAUCGAAUCCCGAAUUCAACGUUCCAGAUCCUUUACUGAUUCCCAAGGAUAAACUGAACGGUAUUCUGCUCAACCCCGGCCAAAACAUACCGGCCCUGCUGAUGCAGAGGCCGGAGCUGCGCCUGCCGCAGGCGUUCGCCUACCCCGCCGUUCUGCAGGACCCUGACAUACUAGUCGUGUCGUUAUCGCAACUGGAGACGAUCCUGGAGAACGAGGAGAUGAAAUCACCGUCACCCAGACCUCCGAAAGACAAAGACCCUAAAUCGAUCACGUCGUCCAAACAGCCGGGCACGCCGCAGCCCGAUCAGACCGGCCAACCCAAGCCCAUCCCUUCGAUGGACGCUCUCGCCGGCGACAUAGACGCCGCCACGUCAGCCGCGCUCAACCAGAUGCUGUGGCUGCCGUACCUGAGCCAGCUAGAAGCUAUGGCGGCGUGUUCCCAGAACAUGGAUUUCCUGAAAGCUUUAAAUUCGGCCGGUUACACCGGACCGAACUAUCCGGAACUCUCGCAGAUGUUCAACCCAUCCCAUCGCUUCAUGCCCCAGCGCAGCUUCGCGGUAAUGCCUCCCUUGGAUUACGACAACGGGCUGCAGAUGGCCAUGUGGCAGGAGGCGAUGUCGCACGCGAACGCCUCCCACAACCGGUCGAAAGGGGCGUCGGUGGAACAGUUGAAAGAGUUGUCCAAGUCCAGCGAAGGAGCCGUCCAGAACCCGUACGUACAUUCCACGAAGAGCCACCCGACCAAGACUCACUCGUCCGCCCGCACGAGUCCGAUAGCUCACAGCUACAACCAGCGAGGGAUGGCCCACCACCCGUUCCUGCAGGGCAUGUACCCGGGCAUGACCCCGAACGUCCGGCCGAACGUGCCCCUGCCCGGGCUCCAGAUCCCCUACUUCAACCCUUCGAUGAUGGGGAACCAGCGGUCACCGCGCACCGGACAGCAGAAGAGUCCGAGCUCGCCGUACUACCCGAACAACAACUACUUGCAAUCGCUGAAACAGGCGGAGAGUCAGAACCAGCGCCACGCCUCGCAAGACUCCCCGCGGCCUCGCAUCAGCGUCAAGUCGUUGCACAAUCUGCUGGAGCCCUCUGCGGCGGCGGCGUCGGGGGUCGGGGCCCGGCGCGCGUCGAGCACCCCCACGGCGCACCGGCGCCGCGAGGAGCCCGAGGUGGGCAGCACGACGCCGGGCGAGCCCGCCGCGCAGCUGCCGCCGCACCCGCACGACCCCGCGUCCUUCCACCUGUGGCACCCCCUGUUCGGCAAUCAAAAAUCUUACAACAGUCCAUGGAGUUGGACGACAGUGACCGCCACCGGGGACUGACCGCGAGCACCGCGCGGGCAGCCGCCUGCGCACUGAGCGCUGGGGACUGACCGCGUGCGCUGGAGACUGACGGCGAGCGCCGGGGACUGACGGCGAGCGCCGGGGACUGACGGGAUGAGCGGCGGCGCAGGGGAAUGAGGGCAGCCCAGGGCCCAACACCCAGUUACGACGAUACCUUUAGUACGACCUAGAUGUACAGCGCUAUCGGUAACACGAGCUGUAAGUUAUGUUAUAAUAUGUAAACAAUUUUAACUGUGUCAUGAAUUUAUUCACACUAGUGUAUAAAGCGUGGCUUGAAGGCACUUAAAUUUGUAUAUGUGUAUGUGUCCUAAGUUUAAAUGAUCUAGAUGCCUAACUUGAAUGAUAUGAUCGUGACAUUAACAUCAGUAAAGUGACAAUUAAAAAACGAUAACGCAUUAUUCAGCUCACCAACUUUAAUAAUGAAUAUCAUGUUUAUAGUUCACGAUUUACAAUCAAUAAAAGAAAUGUAAACCAACACCUUAUAGAUCUGACAAAACAUUUUAAAGCACGUUUCCUCUUCGAUACCAGAAUAUCCUCAGUGGAGGACUCGCAAUAUUCAAUUACAAAGUUUGCGAUAUUCAACUGCUGACUUUGCGCUAUCCAAUUGCCGAUAACUUUGCAAUUGAAUAGUCGUGUCAACAAACCCAGGGAAUGUAUCAAUAGGUAGGUCAAAGUAAAACGUGAAUUAAGAGUGUUUUAUUCUGUGCGACUUUGCCGCAUUUUUCAGUUCAUUGUAUCUCUUACUUUUAACUAAUAUUCAUAUACAUAGUUUGCAAUUGCAACUUAUUUCAGCACAGCCAAUUAGCCAGCCAGCAUUAAGGCAUUUACUUAAUAAACAUUAAGACACAUUCUUAUACAGAUGUAAGUCAUUCUUUCGAACGAUUAAUCGAAUGAGUCAUAUCAUUCAAUGAAUGUCGCAGGUCAAGAAUAAGUUAAUUGAUAGCAUGCUGUACCUAGGUCGUACAUAACCGUAUUUGUGUGGAUACCAUGUGGAUACUCCCAAAUAUUUAAAAGACAUUAUUUGAUGUUAAUUUUCCAAAGGUUCUAGAACUAUUUGGUAUAAAGACAGUAGUUAAGUAUUUUAGUUGUGUUUAUCUCCUUGAUAUUAUUUAUUACUAUUAGUGUACAUGUAUACGUUGAUGUUCUUUGAUUCCAUUCAUAAAAUAAAUGUGUGUGAUAUAAUACGGACAACUUAAUGAAUGUGUCAUAAAUGUGAUCUAAUGUGUAUGUUCUUCUAACUUCUUUAUGUUUAUCUUAUAGAAUUGUUUAAUAUGUGUUAGUAUUAUAGUAGAUACACACACAACACCCCACCAGACGCGUCUCAACACCCCGACACCACACAAACGCAGGGAUCUAGGUGUUAAAAACAUCUACCUUCCAACUUACCUUCUAACUUAGUCGCGAGUUUUUAGCCAGAUUAAACGGGCAGAUAACACUAAAUCAAUGAAACUUUCUCUUAGAGUAUACUCCGUAGAUUAUAAAACGUGUUUAAAAGUAAGCAGAGAGAACUAAGUAAAUGUCUAAAAUGUAAUCUGAGUAAUUUUUCGUCAUCUACAAAUACGUCGACGCCUUUUUUUAAUGAUUUUACACAUUACAUUUAUUAUUAUUCAUCAAACUGUUGAUGAAUAUAGUAUUCAGCUUGAUUCUUUACCGAUAACUGUACCGAUGAAAUGACGUAUAUCAACAACAACUGUCAAGUUAGAUGUCACAAAUUAGAGUUGUCUGAUACCAUUUUAAGUAAAUAAAAAGAGCAUUAGAUGGUAAAGAAUAUGCUUAUAAGUAAGCCAUAAAGAUCUGACUCGAGGUGUGCGGUAAACCGUUGGGAUAGCGUGGGGUGUUGUCAGUGUGUCUCUGCCAUUACAUUAAAUAGAGGCUAUGAUUUAGGACGUACAGUAACGUUGCGACACUUUGCAUGUCUCGUUUCGUGACUUAGAGCUAUAAAAUAUUAUAUUUUGAUAUAAAAGGUGUUACAAUUUAACUAUUUUUUAACUUUCAGCUUAUAUUGGUAAACGGAAUAGAAACAUAUGUCUGCGAAAGAUUCAGCUCUAAACUCUAGCUUGCUGAUAAUAAAGGUCAAAAUGCAACUGAAGCUGUAAUAUAGCUGUAGGAUGUACUGCAAGCUAUUACGUGUUACAGUUACUAUACAGCUCUUGUACAAGCAGAGUUUUUGCUGGUAUUCCCUACUUACUAGUAAAUUAAUAAAAAGAUAAAUACUAUCUCACUAUUAAUAAUUCAUGAUGUGUCAAAUUUGACGCCACAAAAUGUAUUUCUGUAAUUUUUCCUGUUUACAUAAAUGCAUAAUUUAUAUUUGAAUACCAUAAUUUUAAGACUUGAAAUUACAUUAAUGAUGUCUAACAAUUUCCUAAGUAACUAUCAAGUUUAAAAUUACUUGGACAUUUUGUAACGUCAAACAAUUCUGAGAUAAGCUUAUAUUUAUAUAAACUCUACCAAUAUAAACUGAAACAGUGGUCACCCUAUUAUCAUGACGUACCUUAACUAAGUGCAUUCAAUUUAUAAUUUAUUUGAAUCAUACGCUCGUAACAAUAAGGUUCUUUUUCUAUCGCACCACCCGCCCUUAGUGAAUGAAUUGAUCCGUCCGAUGUCGUCAGUCCCCUGUGUCGUCGCGGUGCCGUAGUCGUGACCAUUAAAAGGUGCCCAGUGAACUUGUCUUUUUGGAGAAAUUAUGAUUCUAAGAUUUAUAAACAUUGUCUAUACAAAAGUCAGUCCGCAUAAUAUAUUUUUUUUCUAUUAUUUGAUGUCGUAGCUAACGAUAACGAUAUUUCGAUAACAUUAAAUUAUCAAAAUGGAAUGUUUAAACAUUUACAGAAUAACAUAAAAUUCAUGCAGGAUUAUUCCAAUAAUUUAUACGAACUUUAUUAAUGUGAUCUAAGUGAUUGUAACUUGCCAAAGAGCAAAAAAAAGUAUAAAAUUUUACAUAAAGUAUUUUAACUUUACAAUGGAGGUAAUAAAAACUGAAAUGGUAAUAAUGCUAGAAAAUCAAUAUCAAGUAUAUAAGUGAUUAUUAUUUUGCGUUGCAAAUUCAAUGCAGUUUCUAUUCCAGUAAUUUAAUUUUUUCCUCACAAAUAACAUUGUAAAAUUGUAAGAAAAUCGAAGAGUAAGAAGUAGAUUGGUAUAUUACUUGUAGGCAGUGGCGUAACUGCAGGUACCAUCUGAAGUACAUGGCAAACUCGUCAUCGCCAAGUUUUUUUUUUAAAUGUUUGAUUGCUUCUGUGCUCACUGCCUCGCUAACUUCGAGUCGUGAGUCCGUGGCAUUUUGCCAGCCUCGUCACCAUACAGUUGCACCACUGCUACUAAGUAGGUACAUUAUGAAUAGGUCUAUAGGCACAUAGUAAACCGUUACAAUCGUACGAUACAUAGCACAAAUAGAUAAAUGUGUUUCCAAGAAACUAUUAAAGCUCUUGAUAGCUAUAAAAUAACUUAGUUUUCAGUUUAAUCUGUCCAUUAUCUGAGUCGGUAACCCAGUUAGUGCACAGUGCGCCGGAUCUGACGGCAGCCUGCGCCGGCUCUACUGCCUUAAUGUUUUUUUAAUUGCACACACAAGUCAAUGACUCUACGCCCCGACAACGUGGAAUGGAACUUAUAGAACGCUUUAGUUUUUACUUGGCGGAAUACCUGCCGGGUAAUAAAAUGUUCAUGAAUAAAUAAUUCCACCAAUUUCAUUUAGCGAAUUACGAGUGCGAAGUAAAAAACGCGAAUUAACAAAGUUUUUAAUGUUUUAUUCAGAACUUUUGAAAUUCCAAUUUGCGUUAUGGCGCCGCGUUGUUGAAAGCCCUAUUUUUUUUUUCUUUUAACUUGGGAAUGUUAUUUAUUAGUUCUUGCGUUGUUCCCGAAGUGUUCAACCUAGCAACAAUAAUUUAGCUUUGUUAAAACACUAUUCAAGUUAUAGUAGCUUCAUUACUUUUUAAACAUAAAGCUUAGUCCACACAAUUGAACAGUUGUUCAGUAGAGACAAAGCUCCAACGUUCAGACGUUCAAGGCCACAAAGACAAGUUCACUCUGCCCGUCAAACCACUGGAACGGAAUUGCUUACAAAACCCCCCACGGUCGGGCGUCUGCAAUACAUACUAAACGGAGUUAGCGUGGUACAAUGUAAUUGCAGAGAGGACGCUCUAAAUACCAUAUCCCUAAUUUAUAAGAUGGUGCAUCGGGUAUAUUGACGAUUGAUAGAAUAUUCAUAUACUAAACCCAAGAUGUUGAUUCAGUUAAAUUCCCUUUGUUGAGUACUUCAUUACAACUAAUUAAGAAUCGAAACAUACCUAAGCUAGCGGGAAAAGGAAAUCCUUUUGAUCUCUGAUGUUUUAAUAAGUUUUCUAAUUCUUACCAAUAUUUUGGGCUUUGUAUACAGGAAGAAAAUUUUUUUAGUGCGGAUAUUUUUAUAUUUUGUACAUAAACAAAAUUUAAUGAUCACGUAUUUUUUCUUUUUUUUUUUAACUCAAAAAUAACAAAAUUAUCGUUAGCUAAAGUUAUUUACUUUUGAACAGAAUUUUAGGGUCACCCUAUUGUGCGUUUAUUUUAUUUUCGUUUGAUACCUAAAGGACGUCACCAGAUCACUUUUAAGCUGAAUAUAUCAUGUUUAGUAAUAAUAUGUACAUUAUUUUGUUAUUUUAGAGACAUAAAUUAAAAAAAAAAAUUACAUAAAAUGUAUCGAACUGUUUGUAGAUUUAUAUUCUAUUAAUGAUACAGAACCACGAAAAAAAAUAUCCGCACUAAAGACCGAAUCACCCUGUAUAAAUAUAAUAGAAUUAUAUUUUAUUAAUUUAGUUGUGAUAUUUACGAGAUACCGCGCGGUGGAGUUCGCGCAAUUAAUUCCAAAAUUUGACAUAAUUAAAAUAGUAUGAUAAUAUGGCUACAGUUAUCUGUGUUGAAAAAGAAUUCACAUUUUUAGGCUAUCGAUAACUGUUGUACCAUAACUAGUACUGGGAGAGUAUGAAUUUCUUAAUUUAUCGAUAUGUAUAGAGUAGUUUAGGCAAGGUUAUUUGCGAAUACGCCAUCAUGAUACUAUCGCAUCUAUAUUAUUAAAAACAUCAACUUUUUUAUGAUUAUAAUAUGUACCAAAUUUUAAUUUCUAGAAAGUGAGACGUUUGUCGAUAAAAAAAUCAAUUUAUCUAAAUAUUCUUAAUUUAUAAAUAUUUGCUACUUUUUUUAAUUUAAGCGUUCUUGUGAAUACAGCUUUAUGACUAGAUUUUAUAAGUGUUUAAAACUGCUGAUACAAGAAAAAUAAAUCAAGCUCAGAAAAGAGCUAUCGAAUAAAAGUUGCUGGUUUUAAUGGCCUGAUAUCUAUGACAUUGGAACCAACGCGCUUUGUGACGUCAUAUGUGACUAAUUCGAUACGAUGUCAUAAAGAGCCCAUGAUAAGAAAUUGGUGGUAUUUUGUAAAUAACCUUGUAGGUAAUGGUGUUACAAGCAAAAAGAGGUAGCUCACAGACCGAGGUAUACGUAGGUAGCUACGAUUAAUUUCAAAAAGCACGAAAGUGAAUAAAAAACUUUAUAAUAAGUGUCAUUUUAAGAGUCUCAGUGACAUCUUAAUAGACUAAGAGCCGGUAAACCCCAGAGCUUUGUAAUUUAUAAAAGCCAAAAGUUUGUCAGCUCAUGAAGACGAAGUUCUGGCGGUCGCUGGCUCUUCGUCUAUAACUCAAGUUCACUCAAAUCGUAACGUGAGCUAUUCUACCUCUGUGCUCGUUACACCAAAGCUCGUAGAUAUUUGUAUGUUCUGUUUAUCAUAGUCGUGAAGGCCGGCCCAUCUCAGUGUGUCCAUGUGAUGGGUUCCAAAUGAGUGCAAUCCGUAAUGGACUGUAAGAUAUAUAUUGUAGUUAGAAAAGUUAAGCGGCGGUCGGUGCAUUUAAUUUAUGGACGGGUUGAAUGCAGAUUGAAUUUGAAAUUUUAAUUCGUACGCUUGCGUGUGUGCUUCACAUUCUCGAACAUUCUGGUUAUUUGGUGUGCUUCUGAUUGAACGCGAUUACACGACUUAGAUAUAUAAUAUAACAAGCAAACUCCCUGUGGUUUCACCCACGCCGUGGCCUGUGGAAAUACAUGUAAAAAGACAUCGCUUUGAACUCGAUUUUUCAAAUCAAAAUCUAUAAGUUUUUUUUUUUAUUUAAUCUCGCCGCCAAAUAUCAGUAACACAAACCUAGCUUGAAGCUAAGUCUAACCUCUGAAAAUCGCAAGUAAAUUCGCUUAGUAUAAAGAUAGACAGACCAACCGAUAUAAAAAGUAUGUUGUUAGCUGUAUGUAUCUGACGCUUACUCUCGCUACGUCUCAGAAUCGCGUUCUAUUAAAAUGAUUUCUAACAAUAAAAACGUUACACAGUACUUACCUUGAUAGUUAAUUUAAAGAUUUCUCUACGCAAUAGUAAAAAGCACAUUUUCUUUAUUUAGAUAGGUAUUUACUUAUUAGUAUAUAAAAAAAUAAAAAGUAACCAUAAAUUAUAUCUAAUAGAUACAUAAUAUUUGUAAAUUAUUUCAGAAUCAACCUGCAUCUCCACUCUCAUUAAUAUUAGACAGGGAUAGGUUUACAAUUCCUGGAAAGACGCAACUCCAAGGCGAUGUGUCAAACGAAUUCCAACUUAAUCUCUGUAUAGUUAAAGCAUAUAUUUUAUCAAUGUUUUCGUAAAAUAUAAUAAUCUUAGUCCAGGAGUUGUCGACUUACAGUCGCGUAACAAUCGGACUAAAAUGAGAGCGGGAGACGAUUAAUACGAUCUCUCUUUCACUCUUAGGUCUUAGGGUAAGGUUGGGUUUACACAGUAUUGUCUUCAUAUUUAAGCGAUUUCAUACUAAAAGUACUAUUCGUCUAAGUUGCAUUGUAAAUGUAUGCGAGAAAUGUACGUAAUGUUCUGACAUUUUAUCCUUUAAAAAAAAUAUUUUAUUAGUGAGAUAAAUACUACAACCAUGAUAGUGUAAAAUUGCUUAAUAUUUAAUCGCGCCUCCAAUAUUGAUCGAUGUUUUUGACAUCUCUGCCAAAAUCAUUGAUUAUACGGACAGAAUGAAGGAAAACACGGCAAUCUUAAUAAAGGGUAUAUUAAAUUUUUGAAAGCUUUUUGUGCUGAGGUAUGUAGGUAUCUACUACGAAAUAAAGUGUCAGAAUACUUAUAUACUUUUACUUUUUUACUAAGCAGCAAGUAACUGUAUAAAUAAUAAGAUAACCUACACAUUAAAAACUUUAUUGAUAUUCACAUAUUGAUGUUACAAUAAGAAUUCGUAUAAGGGCUUCACACAAGUUCUAGAAGUCGGAAUCAGUGUCCUGGAGUACCCUACACUUGACGAUUUGUUGUCUUUUUGGAACUUGUGAGGGUGCUUUCAUAGUUAAGUAGCCGGUGAUGUUGUAAUUAGGAUGAAGUUUAAGUGUAAAUUCGACCUUAAUAUUUAUGUAAUUGUAAGCUAAUAAUCUGCUCUCAUUUCAGUCGGCUUGAAUCUGUGUUAGAGUCAUAAUAUUAUGUAAUUAUAUGCCUGUGUUUGUAUUAUAUCCAUUUACUUAUAAAGAAUCAUAGUAUGUUCUGCUUAAAACCAGAAACUACCGUUAAACUGACGUAAAAAAUUUUUUACGUGCAUUUAUUUAUUCAAUUUCAUAUAUAAUGAUAAAUCAGGCAUGGAAAGGCGCAGUCUAUGAACGAAUAAAGCAUUCGUUUUAAUAGCUUCACGUAAUAAAAAUUAAUGCGCGAUCAUUGACGCACAUUUAUUCUUUCGCACGCAAUUAAAAUGUAAACAAACGGUCAUGAUAAUACAUUGUACGUCAAACUAAACAAAACAUAAAAUAAUUGAAGAAUGUUGUAUUCUGAUAAAUUUUAAGGUUGUGUUUUAGAUUUUAUUGGCUAUUCUACCUCUUUGAUGCCCAUUAUUACAGCCACUAGUUUGUAUCCUGUCACAGAAUACAUUAUGUACAAGACCCUGUUUGAUUAAGGGCAUUGCGCGCCAAACUAAAUUAAGUUAGCUUUAGCGUUGGAGUGCAACCUACGCGAUAAUGACUUUUCACUAGUGUUGCCAGGUCCAAUGUGUCACUAUCCGGAAUGAAAGAUUAAACUAAUUAUGUUUUUGGGUUUUCAAAACGGAAAAACAUUUCCAUACAGUAUUAAUUAAUUAUUAUUAAUUUUCACCUGACAGCCCAAGUACAUACAUGGGCUGAAAUUGGAUUCUUGAAUUUAUAAUUACUGUCUCAGUUGACUUUAUCUAGAAAGAUCAUAGAUAAAAUAUUAUACAUGUGUGUUUAUACAAUUGAUUUUUUUUUAAAUAUCGUUAAAAGUCAAAAAGGUGAAUAAUUGUGAAAUUCAAUGUUAAUUAAGGAUGAAGCACUUGUAAAAAUUGGGAUCGUGAUAAUCCCUGAAAAUCGGAACGUCCCGCGCUAACCUGGACACAUGGCAACACUACUUGUCAACAGUGCUCGCCUCACGCGGGCGCGGGCUCGCUAAUGGACACUAAAUCGAUACUGACAACGGCUAACGAGCCAUCUCUACAGCUCCGAUGAAUCUGAGUGCAAAUUAACAAAAUCCUUACGGCUUUUGUUUAGCUGCUUUUAUAUAAGUUACAGUAAUUAGUGUCACUUGCUCUUACACUAGAAACUUAAGCCAGCUACACACGGGACGCGGUCCGCAGCAUCUUAAGACGGUGUUAGAGUUAAAGUCUAAUCGCAAAACUUCGGAAAGCGCCUACAAAAGCGAAAAUUAUAUAUAAAUAUUAUAUAUUCUUUACAAAGUAGGUAUGGUUGGAUUUAAGUAUCAAUUUACCUACUUUUAACGUCACUAAAAACUUUUGUAUUCGUCUCAAACUUAAAUAUUUUUUUUAUAAGUAAUGGAUUAAAAAACACAGGCGAAAUCGAACGACAGUUUCACUAUUUAAAAAAAUAAUAAUAAUAAAAAUCAGUAUUUAUUUCGUUAUUUUUUAAGUUUUCAAUGAUUUUAAUUGUUCUUGUUGCUUUCCUUGGGAAUAUUUAUAUCGAUUUUUUAGAUUUAGUGGUAGGCCGUCGUGCGUCUAGCCUGCAUCCGUUGUAACGUCCAAGACUUGCGUCCAGGCAAUAAGGAAUAUAAAUGAAUUUCGGGAAAUUCAAUAUCGAAUUUCCAUUUUUAUAAAUUUUAAAUUGAAAACUGCAGGUUUCAAGUUUUCACUUCUGUGAGAGUAGGUACUCAAUAUCAAUCACUCACUCAAUGACUCCUUUAGAUUUUUUCACACUAUAAUAAUUAAAAUUUAUAAUUAUGUAACUCCUACUAAACUUCUGAAUAUAAAUAGAUACCUACAUAACGAAUAGGUACAUACAGAAAUAUCUAGCUGUAAUUCGGACCACAUGCAUAUCCCUAUUAUGAAUAAUUCCUUUUUAUGAUGUGAAGUUCGAGCGAGUCUUGCUGGUCGGAUGAUAUACGCAAAUAUGGACGCAAACGCGGACGCUGGCUGGACGCACCGUACGGUCUGCUGUAGUAAGUACAGUGUCUGUAUGAACGGGGAAUGCCGGAAAACAUAAUAUUAAUAAAUCGUAAUAACUAUUAUUGUAUUAUUAAUAGUGAUCGAUGUUUGUAGCCGGGUCUAUUUCUUGCCGGCGUGAAUACUUUUGUAAUGUAAACUUCCAUUUUUCUAUUCCGGUAUGUAAUAAAGUCUGGCUCGGAUAAAAUUUACCAGAAUGUUUAUUUAUUCAUAAACUUUUAUUCCUGAUACACGAACUUUUAAGACAGAAAAUUGUUAUAUGUACCAAGAACGUCAGCAUUAGAGCAUUGGGUUACACAAACAAUAUAACUUAACUUAAAUUAACUUCUUGCUUGCACAUUAUACAUAGAGGCUUGAUAGUCACUUACCACGAAGUGAUUUACCACAAAAGUGUAGAUUUAAAAAAAUACAGGAAGAUAUGUUUGUCGCAGUUUCGAAUCACUUAAACCAAACUAUAACUAUUGAACUGAAAUUUUCAAAUUUCGCGACAAAUAAAAUUUGCGUAUGCCUAUUUUUAAUUCGUUGACUGUAAUAAACAAUAAUUAUUCUUGUAUGGGCAGGUGCAAAUUGAUGUCUCGAUAUUUAAGUGCGUUAGUCACAUCUGUGUCAGAAACAAUUUUUCUUAAUGUUCAUUCCGUUCUGCAUUUCUCUAAAGAAUACCCUCUAAACAUGAUUAAUAUUACCCAGUAUCAUAUAAUAUUAAAUAUAACGAUCCUAAACUUUCCAAAGUUCCAUUGAAUAACACAAUUCUCCUGUAGAUACUAAAUUACAUCGAGAUUUAUGAAAUCAAAAUGCAGGAAAUUGAACAAGUAUAAAUAAUGGUAUCUUUUGUCCGCGCCAGGCUCGCCGUGAACCGGUUGGCGCCGGUCGCAGGUUUGAUUCCCCGUUAACGGUUGUUGAAUUAUCGUUCGUGAAUAGUAUUUUCCAAAAGUUUCCUGAUUGUAAUAGCCCGGGAGCCGGUGGAUAAUUUUGAGUUUGUACUUGUAAUCCUGGAUAUUUUUAUACCUUGAACGACAAUUUAAUUCAUUUAUUUAUUUUAAUUACAGUACCUACGUUAAAAAAUAACGUACGACGUUUCAUAGAUUGAAAAUUUUACAGCCAAAACUCUCAUCUUAAGUAACAAAUUGUGAAUUUGACAGAAUAUAGUACGGUGGUUUGCCACAUUCUGAUAAGAAUGUACUGCUUGAUGAGUUAGUGAGACUUUUGAUUAAGCCCAUCCUUAAAAACUCCACCGUCUCCCCGACUAUAACUUAUCGACUUGAAUAAAUCAAAUUACGCUUCUAAAGUGUACUAUUAAUUAAUUACAUAAAGUAUGUAAAUAUAGGACAACUAAUACCUAUAAUAAUAGUGAAUGUUGUAAUUUGUAUAUAAGUAACGAAAAUUAAAUUUUAAAUACAUAGAUACAAAUUGUG